AAAUAAUCAUAUUAAUUCUUGUCGAAAAAAAAAAUAAUCAUAUUAAUUAAUUAUAAUAACAAGUACACAACAUAAAGCGUGACUAUAAGAGCGUGGAGCCACCUCAACGCUCAAACUAAUAAACUAUGUCCAAAUCUAGGCUAAAUCCCCCGUUAAUUAUACUCCGUAAUUAUUUUUUAGCAUUAAAUAAUAAGAAAUUUCUACACAUAAAUCUUCCAUAAACUAAAAAACUACUCGGUACCUUUUGAUAAUCAGGUAAAUAUCCUAUACUGAAAAUUUCCAUAUAGAGGACUAUCGCACUUAAGGGUGUCCACAAUUCGAAUUAAAACCAAAAUCUAAUUCAAUCCAAAUCGAAUUAUCAAUUUAAAUCGGAUCUAAACUUUAAAUUGGAUCAGAUCGAAUUUAGAUUUUUUGAAAAUUUUGAAUUUUCGAAUUAGAUUGGAUUAACCCUAAUUGAAUCCAACCCAAACCAAAAACCGAAUUGUAAUUUAAAACUCCCAUUGUAAUUUAAAACUCUGAUAAAUUGUUUCAAAAAAAAAAAAAAAAAAAAAAACUCUAAUAAAUAUGACUCAACUUUUUUACUCCGUAUUUGUAUCUCUCUCCUCCCUCCCCACUAAAAUUCAAACUAGUAUCCACAGAAACACGACCGUUCCUCGUUUUCUGUGCUCUCUCUUCACUCUUCACUCUUCACUUUUUCUCUCUCUUCCUUAAACCCUUCCUCACUCCCAAACUCCCCAUCACUUCAAUUCCCACCAGUCACCCAAACAAAACCAAAAACCCACCAAUUCACAAUAACAAUUCACACGGCCGUGUUAAUUUUAGAUGGUAGCAGGUAAAGUAAAAUCAGCAAUGGGGUUACAAAAAUCCCCAAAACCCUCUAAACCACCACCAUCACCACAACCACCGUCAAAACCACCGUCACCCUCCCACAACUCCGCCGGAAAAUCCUCCUCCCAAAAAUCCACCGUCUUCAACCGUUCUUUCGGCGUCUACUUCCCUCGCUCCUCCGCCCAAGUCCAACCCAAACCCCCCGACGUAACCGAACUCUUUAAACUCGUCGAAGACCUUCGCGACCGUGAGUCCCGCCUUAAAACCCAACUUGUCGAACAAAAACUCCUCCGUGAGUCCGCCGCCAUUGUUCCCUCUCUCGAAGCGGAGAUCGCAUCGAAGAGGGCGGAAACAGACAGGCUUGUGCAGCGUGUGGUAGAGCUGCAAUCCGAGAAUGAGAAGCUCAUUCGCGAAAGAGAGAUCAUGAAGGAUAUCUUCGAGCGGGAGAGCAGAGACAAGGAUUUGAAAAUAGCGGAAUUAAUGUCCGAAAUUGAGGAUGUCAAGCAGCUAUCCUCGUCUCAGAGGUUCCAGGGGUUAAUCGAAGCUUCUGGAAAGUCUAAUUUGAUUAAGAAUCUGAGUUUUCGGAAAUCCGGGUUUUUAACUACCACCCCAACGGCUUCUUCCUCUUCUUCAGCCACCGUGUCCUCUAAGGAAGGCGGUGGUGUCGGGUAUAAUGACGAUCAUCGCCAGCAUGUUCAUUAUCCGCCGCAGCUGACACCGUCGUAUGCGGUGGUGGAGAUUGAACCGCCACGGCAUUCACGGUGUAGCUCGGCGGAUGAAAUUGCGGAAACUUCAGAUUCUUCUUCGUUUGUUCGAUCUCGGAUUCCAAGAGUACCCAAACCUCCACCCAAGCGUUCGUAUUCCGACUCACAUUCUAAUUCCAAUUCACAUUCACAUUCGUCCUGCUCAUCUUCGUCGUCGGAUGUUCGUAAAUCAACGGACAGCAUCACAGCACCACCACCUCCUCCUCCACCACCGCCGCCUUCAACAUUGAAAUCAGUUCCUCCUCCGCCACCUCCGCCGCCGGCGAAAAAAGCUCCGGCGCCACCACCACCUCCGCCGCCACCGGCUCCGGCGAAAGGUGUAAAAGUUAUGUCUUCGAAAGUUAAGCGAGUGCCGGAAGUGGUAGAGUUUUAUCAUUCGUUAAUGAGGAGAGAUUCCCGGCGAGAUUCCGGCGCCGGUACACCGGAUGUUACGUCAUCGAGUGCACGUGAUCUCGUCGGAGAGAUUGAGAAUCGGUCGGUUUAUUUACUUGCGAUUAAGACAGACGUGGAAACACAAGGAGAAUUCAUCAGGUUUUUAAUCAAGGAGGUCGAAACGGCUGCAUUUACAGACAUUGAAGAUGUGGUUUCUUUUGUGAAAUGGCUUGAUGAUGAGCUUUCUUACUUGGUUGAUGAAAGGGCAGUUCUAAAACACUUUAAUUGGCCAGAGCAGAAGGCUGAUGCGUUGAGGGAAGCUGCAUUCGAGUAUUCCGACCUCAAGAAGCUCGAAUCUGAGGCUUCUUCCUUUAGGGAUGUUGCUCGUCAAGCUUGUUCCACCACUCUCAAGAAAAUGCAAACUCUACUAGAAAAAUUAGAGCAUGGAGUUUAUAAUCUAUCGCGACUGAGAGAAUCAGCUGCCAACAGAUUUAAGUCGUUUCACAUUCCUGUCGAUUGGAUGCUUGAUACUGGAUUCGUUAGCCAGAUCAAGUUAGCAUCUGUAAAAUUGGCAAUGAAUUAUAUGAAAAGAGUAUCAGCAGAACUUGGAGUUGUUGGUAGUGGUCCUGAGGAAGAGGAGUUAAUUGUUCAAGCUGUCAGGUUUGCUUUCCGGGUACACCAGUUUGCAGGAGGAUUCGACACAGAAACUAUGAGAGCAUUCGAGGAGCUGAGAGACAAGGCAAGAUCGUGCCAUGUACAUUGCCAGAACCAGCAGCAGACACAUCAGCAACAGAGGCUUAUGUACCGAUCUAUGCCCUGCUAGAUUAUUCUUCUGCAGCAAACUCAGCUUCAGAAAUUCAACAUAUCAUCAUUCUUUUGUUGUUGUAAAGUUAAAAAAUGUCAUGUUUGUGCAAGUGAACAUCAGAAGUAGCCCUUUUGUGCUUAUACAUGUUUUUGCCUAAUUUACUUUAUUUGUUGUAGUGGCUCUUCUGAUAUCUUAACGAAACUGUAUCGAGAAAUAUAAUGAAUAAUUUCGUAAAA